UUCUUAUUUCGAGCCCAAAUAGUUUAUGGCUUUAUGGUUAACGACGAUGCUGAGCUCGCGCCGCCAUGGCGAACCUGAGUUAUCUCCAGAUCAUUCGCAGGGGCUUCGUGCGAAACUCGUUCCAUCGGCCUCAUCCGGCUUCCCUUGUCAUCCGCCGCCCCGAAGCCAUAGCUCCUUCCGUCGUCGGUGACUGCCGCCUCUCCUUCUCCUCCUCCUCCUCCUCGGAUGACAUCGUCGACCUCCGUGAGCGCAUUCUACUACUCACUGAGAAGCCCAGUAUUAUAAGGCAGGAUGGCGAAGUUGAUGCCAUCCGUUCUCAGGUUUCCUCUCUUGCGGAUGAACUCCUUGCCAUGGGCCAUCUUGCCAACCUCGCAGACGACGACGAUCUCACCGAUCUCGCCGCUUUUCUUGACUCCCGCUCAACUGUUUCCCUACUUCGCCGUUCUCCCUCUGGUUUGGCCUUUGUUGAGCUCCUCUUUCGUCUCAGAAGUCGUCCCCGCCUCGCCGUCCAGGUUUUUCUUUGGCGGUUGAAGCUGGCUGAUGCCGGUGUGCAGCUUGUCCCAGAGGAGUAUGCUAAGGCCAUCUCACUUGCUGGUCGGUCCAACAAGGCCGAUCUUGCCGGUGACCUUUUCACCGAUGCCGGCCGCCGCGGGAUACGAAGCACUGGGAUGUAUAACUCCCUCAUGGCAGCGUACAUGUACAACGGUCUCGCGUCCAAGGCCAUUUCUGUCUUCGAGGACCUUAGGCGCGACCCGGUAUGCGAACCCGGUAUUGUAACUUAUAACAUUCUUCUCUCAGUUUACGGUCGUUUGAUGCUCAUCGAUAAAUUGGAGAUUAUUCUCAAACAAAUCCACGAGAACCCCCAUAUCUCUCCAAAUUUAACCACUUACAAUAUUCUCAUGGCCGCUUACCUCACCGCCUGGAUGUGGGAUCGUAUGGAGAAUACUUACAAGGGAAUGAUGAGUGGGCUUGUCAAGCCUGACGCUUUCACGCACUGCCUCAUGCUUCGUGGCUAUGCUCAUGCUGGCAACAUUGAGAAGAUGGAGGAGAUGUACGAAUUGGUAAAGGAUCUGGUGAACAAGAGUGUAUCGCCGCUUGUUAGAGCCAUGAUCUGUGCCUAUUGCAAGACUUCAGAUAAAGAUAGGGUGAGCAAGAUUGAGGAGCUGACCAAGCAUAUUCCAGAAGAUGAGUAUAGGCCUUGGCUAAAUGUUCUUAUGAUCAGGCUAUAUGCUCAGGAGGGAUUACUAGAUGCCAUGGAGAGGUUUAUCUUUGAGGCAGUUAACAGGGAAGUAAGAGUCAUAGCAAUAGGUGUCAUGCGCUCCAUCAUUUCAAGUUAUUUCCGAUGUGAUUCCAUGGACCGGCUGAUCAAGUUCAUCAGGCUGGCAGAACGUGCUGGGUGGAAACUAUGCCGUUCGUUGUAUCACUGUAAGAUGGUGAUGUAUGGGCAGCGAAACCAGAUAGUUGACAUGCAUGGAGUGUUGGAGGAAAUGGAACAUUUUAGGUUUAAUCGUACAAAAAAGACAUUCUUGAUCAUGUAUAAGGCAUAUUCAAAAGCUGGUAGGAGAUCUGAAGCUGAGAUUGUUGUCGGGAUGAUGUGCAAAUAUGGUUUUCUUGAACCUAAGGCUGCUUUGCAAUUCUAGUUGGCUUGGAGGAUGCCAAUAGAGUUGUUUGAACUAGCAUUUUGCUGAUUGAUAAUGACAGCUCAUCGUUAUCAGCUCUUGAUGUGAUUUUUGGGCAGUUAAUUUUUCUAUUUUCCAAAGAAUCUUACCACAUCAGCAUUGCAUCAUUAUUCUUUCAACUGCUCUAAAAAAGCUAUCCAACAUGAAAAGUUGCGGACUAAGGUGGAUUUGGAAAAUUCGGUGGCUUGUACAGUUCUGGUUACUGGCAUAUAUUUGGUCUAUCGUAUGGGGCACAUGACGAUUCCUUCAUUAUUUAAGACUUCGGUGCUUCACAUGAGGUUGACUUCUACAGAAGUAGCUUAUUCAGCUUACUUCACUGCUUCGAUGUCGUUCCUUUGAUCAUUAAUCACGUUUGCUCGGCUUCUUCAGCUAAUCUUUGGGAGGAUCAUGGCGGAGUCGAUAGAAACCAGUAUGAAAAAGUGUUCGGCUCUACCUCUGCCGAGUGGGACAGACAUCAAGGUGAUAGAUUUUCAGCUCAGGACAAUGCCAAUCCAGCCUCUAUACUUGCUACGGUAGAGUAUUUCGCAAAAUUUUGAUGUCAAUCGCGAUCUGCUUAGCUGUGAUCAAGUUGAACCCAUCCAGGUUCAUGACCUGCACUCGAACGUCACAUGUGGGGAUGAUGCCACCAGUUUGAAUGGCUUGGAAAGUAUUAUUGGAAGGGAUUUGCUGUUGAUGAUUCUCCAAGUGGUGUGUAAAUCUUCCUAAUGCAACCAAUCUUGAUCAUGUAGAUGUGAAUGCACUCAAGGUGUUUGGAUAAAUAUCUCAAAUACUACAAUUUUUGGUAGAGACACAUUUUUUCUUUUCUCUGCAUACAUCAAAUCAAACAAAAAAAAUCAGUUCCCGUACAUUCACUUUACUCAAACCAAAUAAACUCAAAGUAUUUAUUUUACACUGCAUUCACUUUACAGCCAAACAAACAACCCCUUAGAUACUCAGACAUAUAACUUGUGUAGUAGCUCCUUUAAGCAACAUCUAGAUUUUGCUCAUUGUAUUGUGUCAUAACCCAGCCUGUCAAGACCCACAUAUUGAACAUGUCAUAUCGUGUUGGUUUGCAAUAGACAAAUCACAAGAUUUGAGUUUUGGAAACUUUUUAGAAUUUUCAUCCAAUUAUAACUUUAAAACAAACAACAAUCAUAGAACUACUAACAACAUCCAAUGCACCGAAAAUAAACUCAUCCAUAAAAUUCUCUUUUCACUUUAUCAUUGAAAUAAAUAUAUUAUAAUUGCAUUGCAGUACAUUGCUACAGACCGGAAUAUAUAACAGAGCAAAAAUAAUAACUAGUCAUGACUGUACAAAAGUAAAAAAGAGAAAAAAGGGAUUCUUACAUACAUAACACUCAAAACUUUUGAAAAUACAUAUUUAACACUCAAAUUAUUGUAUUUACUGAUAUACCACCUAAAUCCCUCAUUUUCCUCUAUUUUACCAUUGAAAUAUGUUAGUUUCUUAUUCUCCUAAUAUGAUAAGCCAGAAUCUUUUAUGGCUCCUUUCUAUAACUUAGAUUCGGGCGUAUCUCAACUUCUUCAGCAGAUAUACGAUUCCUAAAAUCAAAUACCCUUUUCCUUUGAAGUGACACAUUAAAUUCAUGGUGAAUUUCAGACAUACAAUAUGGCAACUGUAAACUAUAAGUAGAUUUUCCAUUCUUUCAAUAACUUGCAAGGGUUCAACGUAUCUUGGACCCAACUUUCUCUUUGUCAAAUCUGCGAAUGCUUUUCAUCAUCCUAAUCUUCAUAUAGACAAAGUUUUAUACCUAGAAUUCUACAGUUCGAUGCUUAGCAUCAAAAUGGAUAUAUAUAUAUAUACACCAUAUUCAAGCUUAUUUUAUUUUGAAGUUCUUCACUUUUAGAACAUUCUUUUUUUUUUCCAAAAUUAUCUUGCCUUUUAAGUUUUAAGACUAUGCCGUUUACAUAUGCCCUUAGGUCUUAUACUUUGGGAAAACUUUAAUGUGUGCAUUCUUCUCUUAUCUAAAAGAAUAUGGAAAUAGUAGUGAGCCCUAAUGGAAUAUUAGCUUGAUUACGAAUUGUUUGGUUAUUCAAUCUUUUUUUUUUUUUUUAAUUUAGAUCACAGCUCCAUCAUAUUUAUAUAAAAUAACUUUGGCCUAUUAUUGAUAAUGUAUUUUUAAUAUUCACCAAAUAAUGAUCAUAGCUGACCAUGUAGCUUUUUGUGCCUAAAAAUAUUGAAGACCUUUUGAUCAAACGUGCUCCAACACCAAGCUUAAAAUAAUUUCAACCUAAUGUUAAGCACUUGAGCCUAAUUGUAAUAUUUCUUAUGUGUUCACUCUUCUUUGUCUUAUGAAUUUGGUUUGGUCAAUAAUUUUUUCUCUACUUAGGUCAAAAGGCCUUAGCCAAUCCUUAGGGAAAAUAACUUAGAUAGGUUAGAAUACGUUAAAUCUCAGUCGUUCUUUGGCACUUGAUCACACAACCAAGAUGGGAAUUCGUGGGAGGCCCACCUGGAUCAUGCUAAUCUUCUUCCAUAUUUAGGUGAUUGAUUUAGGAAGGAUUAUAUUAGGGCAAUUAUGUAUGAUUUUGUAGUUAUUUAUUUUUUUAUUUAGAUAUAUUGUAUAGAUCUAUAAAUAGAAAUAAUUUUGUGCAAUAAAGCUAAGCUUUUUCCCUUUCCAAUUCUUUGAAUUUAACAUGGUAUCAGAGCCUUUAUUGCCUACAAAAUUUUGAAGUUCUUUUUUAUUUUCAUGCCUUCAUUGUUGGUAUCUCUUGAGAAACAAGAUGGAGAUGAGGGAGAUUGAGUGAAAGAAACCUGCGCGUGGGGUUCAUCUAGAAGAGACAAUCGGGCAGGAACGUCUAUAGGCGGAAAAACCUCGCGUGCAUGCUGCUCGUCUAAAAGAAAUAAUCGGGCUGUAGUGGUCUGCAAAAACCCUCACACGUGUGUAGCUGGAAGGAGACGAGAGAGGAAGAAGUCAUCCAGGUUUCAAUUGCGUGCGGACUGGAAGUUUCGAUCGAGCCAAAUAGGAUCGUUGCCAUUCCACUUGUGCGUGUGACUCAUAGUGGGGGUGGAUUGGGCCUAUUGUGGAAACCUGUUUGUGUCUCUGGACUGAACCAAACAGGUACUGCUAUAGUUCCUUAUAUACUCAACAAGCAUCGUCCUUCAUUGCCGUUGCCAGAAUUUAGGUUUGUAGUUCUAGGCAGCCUUCAUUGCUACUCAGGAUCUUGCAGAUAACCUUCAUUAUUAUCCGUUAACACUGCAACGUGUGAAGUUAAUUCUUCUUAAAGCUUUGAUCAAAUAGAGGACUCUAAAAUGCACCAAUGAAAAGGAGAUCUCAUUUGCAACCUGCUUAUUGCUUAAAUGAGAAGAACUAUUUGAAGUGAUCCUAAUUUGUGAAGACCUACUUGAACAGGAAAGGAAAGAUGAAUCAUCUCCUUGGAGUAGGAUCAAAAGAAGUAGAUCAUAAUUUUUGGGCAUGGGAUGAAGCAAACAUUAUUAUUAUGUCAUGGUUGUGGAAUUUUAUGACUCUUGAAAUUAGUAAUACAUCUAUGUUCCUAUUUAUUACAAAAGACAUAUGAGAUGCUGCCAGACAAACCUUCCCAAAGCUCAUAAUGCUUCCCAAAUAUUCGAAAUUAAGGUCAAGAUGGGAAGCACAAAAUAAGGAAGUACGACUACAACGGAAUAUGUCACUCUUCUUUAAAGCUUAUUUCAAUAAAUUGAUCACUAUAAAUACAUACAGGCCAAUUUUCUAGAAGAUGCUGCUAUCUUGAAAACUUUAAUAAGAAAGAUAGAGUGUAUGACUUUCUUGCAGGAUUAAACAUGAAGUUUUAUCAUGUUAGAGUUAAGAUCCUUGGCAAAGAGUAGACACCCUUAUUUAAAUGAGAUCAUUGCUCUCAUUCGUGCUAAGGAAAGCCGAUGAGGGGUAAUGUUGGAGCCUAUGUUGCACCGAUACGGAUACGGUGAUACGGAUACGGCGAUACGGAUACGACACGAUAUGGAUACGGGACACGCCAAUUCUUAAAAAUACAGGAUACGAAUACGGCGCGG